CCAAUACCAACCUUCCAAUUUAUAAGUGCUGCUCCUAGUGGGAUUCGCAGCAUCACCCAGCACCAGUGGCCACAGAGAGCGAGCAUGGAUAGGAGGGUGUGCGCUUCCUUGCUCGUGCUCGUCGGCGUCCUACUCGCUCUGGCAGGCCCCGUCGCCGGCGGGAUGAAGGCAACGUUCGCAGGCGGUGCAGGGGGCAGGGACGCGGUGGCGGUGCUGCGGCGGCUGAUGUCGACGAGGCUGGAGGAUGGCGUCGUGCCGGAGCUCACGGUGGACCUGGAGCUGCACCGCCGCGUCCUGGCCGGCGCCAUCAAACCGCCGGUCUUCAUCCCCGACCGCCCGGCCUGCCCGCGGUCGUGCCCGGCGCCCGGGGGGCCGUACAGCGGACGAGGCUGCAAGGCCAUAUACCAGUGCCCUCACUGAUCGAGCGAGCGGUUUCUCAAAUGAUCACCAUGGGAGCUUUAAUCCGUUCGUCGUACGUGGUGCCUUUCCUCUUCUUUGAUCCCUCGCUGAGUCUUCAUUGUAGCUAUACUGUUGCCAUUUGCUGUAUCUUGAAAUAAUGUACGCGUCACUGUUCUCUUGGUAGUACAGAUGACAAAGAAUUGUUACAUGAUUGUAACAAAUAUGGCACCAUUUAUGCCAUUUCGAGUGAUUUUGGUGAUCGUAUGACAACGCAAUCAA